UUGGGCAUUGUCCUCUAGUGAGAUGCGUGUUAAUAAAUGUUUUUACAUUUUACUUUAUAUUAUUUAAUAUUUUUUCGAAAAAAUACCCUCAUGUUUGAAUAGUUUUGUCAUAAGUUCAUAAUAUCAAUUAUGAGUAGACCUUGGAGACGCUUUCGAAAAGGUUAUAGACGUUCAAACAAUGCCAACAAAAACAACGCACCACAAUCAAAUAAGAGAGAUAAUAAUUCUCAUAGAUCAAGCAAUGACAGUGACAAUAAUGAUGAGGAAGAAGAUGAGAUAGGAUCAUCAAUCGAUGAUAAUGAUUCUUUUUUAAAUGUUUAUGCGAUCAAAGAUGAUCCUAACAUCCGUUUUCAUGGUUGUCAUUUAUACUUUGAUAUGAAUGAUAUAAGUAAAGAUCGACUACUUGUUCGCAAAGUGGAGGCAGCAGAAAAUUUUUUUAAUAAAAACACAGCUAUCCCAGCUAGCAUAUCGAAUGAUGGGCCGUCAUUUAAUGUAAAUGUUGAUAGUUUUCUUAAUGAUAAAGAUUUUAUGGAUGAUUGGAGCAGCUUUGAAAGCGAUCUACAAGAUAAUCCUCAAGUAACUCUCAGUUGUUUAGGUUUAGGACUUCAUCAGGCAGUAAUUAAUUUACCUUCAGAUGAACUUAUUGAAAGUCUUCAUAUGUUGAGAGUAAAAAUAUUCAAUUACAAACCAUUAAUUCCAUCAAGUGACAUCAAAGUCAGCUCUUAUGGAAAAUUGAUAGCAACAAGAGGUUGUAUCAUUCGAGUUGGUCGUGUGAAACAAUUAGCUCAAUGGUUUGUAUUUUCUUGCAUUUCAUGUAAAGCAAAAACAAUAAUAAAACAACCGAAUGGAAUUUUAACAUUGCCAAAAAGAUGUAAAGAAUGUGGAAAAGGUAAAUUUAAACCAGUACUUAGUUCUCCAUAUGUGAGAUCAAUAUCAUAUCAAGUGGUAAAAUUGCAAGAACACUUGGAUACACUACAAGAAGAUCGUGGAAAAAUGCCUAGAAUUUUAGAAGUAGAACUGUUUGAUGAUUUAGUAGACACCUGUGCACCUGGUGAUGAUGUAACAGUCGUAGGAGUUGUGAAAGUUCGUGGUACUGAUGAUGGGAUACAGAAAGGCAAAGAUGCUAGUUCCAAUGCUUUAUAUAUGGAAGCUGUAUCAAUAGUUGAUAAUAAAAAUAAAUCUCAGGGAAAAAAUUCGACUGGUAUCGUAGAAUUAGAUAAUAAAGAUUUAAUAGCAAUAAAAAAAAUUCAUAAUCGUCAAGAUUUAUUUUAUCUAUUAGUUCAUUCACUUUGUCCAACGAUUUAUGGUCAUGAAAUGAUUAAAACUGGAUUGCUAUUAAGUUUAUUCGGUGGAACUGGUACAUCAACAUCGCGAGAUGACAUUCAUGUAUUAAUGGUUGGUGAUCCUGGUCUUGGAAAAUCACAAAUGCUGCAAGCAUGCUCAAAAAUAGCUUCUCAAAGUGUUUAUGUUUGUGGUAAUGCUAGCACAUCAUCAGGUUUAACUGUUACACUUACUAAAGAAGCUGGAACAACAGAUUUUGCUCUCGAGCCAGGUGCCUUAGUCUUAGCAGAUAGUGGUUGUUGUAUUAUUGAUGAAUUUGAUAAAAUGCCAACACAACACCAAGCUCUACUUGAAGCUAUGGAACAGCAGAGUGUCAGUGUUGCUAAAUCUGGAAUCAUUUGUUCAUUAGAAGCUAGAACUUCUAUCUUAGCAGCUGCUAAUCCAAUAGGUGGACGUUAUGAUGCUUCAAAAACAUUGAUUGAAAACUUGAAUCUCAGUCAACCACUUUUGUCGAGAUUUGAUUUAAUAUUUUUAUUGUUAGAUAGACCUGAUGAACAAAGGGAUACUCUUUUAUGUGCACAUGUAAUUAAAUCUCGUAAAGGAUUUUUUAAUACUCGACAACAAAAUGGAUUACAAGCUUCCCAACAAAGUGAUGAACAACAAAGUUCGCUUAUGGAACGAUUAGUAUCAUUUGGACAUAAUGAAACAAUACCUCAAAUUCUCUUAAGGAAAUAUGUAGCAUAUGCAAGACAAUAUGUGAAACCUAAGUUAACUGUAGCAUCAGGAGAAAUAUUGAAAGAUUUUUAUUUAAAACUUCGUGAAUGUCCAAAUAUUUUUGGAUCUCUACCAGUAUUUACUAGACAAUUAGAAGCGUUAAUAAGACUGACUCAGGCUCGAGCAAAAUUGGAAUUACGAACUGAAACAACUGAACAAGAUGCUUUAGAUGUUGUUGAAUUAUUUCAGUUCAUGGUUUCUAGUGUACCAGAAAAGAGUUUCAUUGGAACUUUGAAAGUUGAUAACGGUAGAAUAACAGGAAACAAAGUAAGAGCAUUUAUAGCACUUCUACGAGAGGAAACAAGAGAUGGAAAUACAGAAUUUACAAAAAAUGAGCUAAGUGAAAUAGCUACAAGAGGAGGUGUUAUAAUCCAAGAUUUUAAUCGUUUUAUAUUUAAAUUAAAUGAUGAAGGUAUUAUUUUAAAGAGAGGUCAAGAUAAAUAUGUAUUCGUUGGUGAUUAAUAUAAAAAUAUCUAUUGAA